AUGUCAUCAGCUCCUCAGCAGCCCAAUGAAGACGCACAACCACGCAGUUUGAAAAUGCUACAGCAAAUCAACCAAUACCUACGUGAUCAGAAACUUGGGCACGUAGUGGAUCUUCUCCCUUCGUAUAAAGAACAUCGGAUCUCUCUAGAUAACACCGAUGACCCCUGCCUCGAUCUGGGCUACGUAGUGGAUGAUCACGAAGAGCGACUUAGCUUGUCGAUCAGAGGCCACAGCAAUCGGCUUCAACUCAAGAAAAAGAAAAACCACCCCGAGAAGGAAAUGACAUUCGUGAAAGGGUACGCUAUGGGCAAGAAAGAACCAUUUGACUGGAACACAACAUUGUACGAAGGCCUAUUAGAGGAACCUGCUAUAACUCCCUUCGUUUCGGGGGUCAUACAAAAUCUCAAGAGCCCUUCUGAAGUACCAAACCUGGUCAAUUUACCUCACUUGAAAGAUGUGGAGAUACAGGAAUGCAACCACAAAAGCGACAACUUCCUGCCACUGCGACUUUGUAUUGGGAACAUAAACAGAGGCAAGGUCUGGAUGUAUAUCGAGAAGGGUUCAACAACGCGGUACCCGCCCUGUGAGAUUGAGAUCGUCCAUCCAGAACGAUUGGAGACUAUUCCGUUGAAGGAACUGAAGACGAAAACAAUUAUCACAGACUACGGUAUCACUUUACUGGAACCCUUUUUAACUGGCAAGGCGGGUGGCGAGUACACCUACCCGAUGUUUAACAUAGGGAGGUACUACUUCUUUCUCGCUUAUCAGCAAAAAGGCCUGGAGUUGAAAGAAAACGACAUUCAUAUGAACAACGGCUAUGCCAGAUAUCUCGGAAAUGGUGUAAACGCAUACACGAAAGCGUACCCUCCUUCACAGUCUCACAUCGCGCAAGGCGAAGACAAAGAGAUGCCCUACCAAUCUGUUCAGGCCGCAGCAGAUCCUCGAUAUACCAUCACACAGCCAUCUCCAGCAUCGCAUUUAUUCCCUACUCAAUCCGAUAAGAGCGAGAACAGUAAAGCCAUCGACGCUGCUCAAGUCACAUCAAAUUUGCAAGCCGGUAUCGGGCAACCUUUUCCAAAAACACCCUUGAAGCAGACAUUAUUAAGUCCAACAUCCCCACCUGAGCACGAAAAAGGUGCUUCUUCCUACGAAAUUGUGGAUGAUGUGGCUCCACCGGGAAGCCCAAACACCCCCAACUUGAACCAGCUACGAGCGCAAAAGAAUAUACUUGGAGAAAGGCAUAGGGGCUUACAGCAACAGGUUCAGAAACACCGUAAUGCAACUUACGAACUAGAGGAGGAGUUGGAUGACACGACAGUUGCACUUCGAGACAUUGAUAGGAAGAUUCAAGAAGUCAUAGGCGUGGAAGACAUCCCUGAUUUCGGUUAUAAUACAAUCUCUCGCGAAACUUUGAGGAGAUGGCGCGUCGAGAAUCGCAGUAAAGAAUUCCUAUGA